UAUCUCAACUGACAGAAGACUAUAGAAAAGACGGGCCACCGGGACUUAAACCAUUCCCAGUAUAAACUGCAAGACUGAUCGAUUGCUGGACCAAUCAGAAGAUGGACUAACCAUCAAACUUUCAACUCCCUCCUAUCAGCCACCUGUCGGGCCCCUGUGGGCCCUCAGGCAGCAGGUGUGAUGCUGGGCGGUAGGCGAAACACGCGGCAUCCGCUGUGGCACCUCCUGUCUCCGUUCCGCAGCCAGCAGGAGCGUGUGGUGCUGACCCGUAGCGACAGCCUGCCGGGGGAGCAGCUGCUGAAGAUCACCAUCACAGAGACCACGGUGAUCGAGGCGGAGUCAGGGGCCUGGAACUGGCGCUCCAUGACCUACCUGGGCCUCUGGUACUUCUUCAGCUUCUGCACUCUUUUCCUCAACAAGUACAUCCUGUCACUGCUGGAGGGGGAGCCAAGCAUGCUGGGUGCUGUUCAGAUGCUCUCCACCACCAUCAUAGGCUUCCUAAAGAUGUUUGUACCAUGUUGCCUUUACCAGCACAAGUCCAGAACAGAGUACCCCCCCAACUUCAUCAUGAUCAUGCUGUUUGUUGGACUCAUGAGGUUCACCACUGUGGUUCUGGGCUUGGUGAGCCUGAAGAAUGUGGCGGUGUCUUUUGCAGAGACGGUGAAGAGCUCGGCUCCCAUCUUCACUGUGAUCAUGUCCAGGCUGAUCCUCGGGGAGUACACAGGGGAUCAAGGAUGA